GUGUACUCAACCCUGGGCCCCGUGUCUGUGUCUUGUGUUCUGGAGAGCUGAAAUGUCACUCCACCGUCACUAGACCGCGCAGCAGAGAGGGAGCCAGUGAGCGGAGUUUCAGGGCAGACUCUCAGUAGCCAUGUCGGCCCUCCUGCACUGUGUCUCCAAAACUUCUGUCACCUUGUUCCAGAAAAGUGUUCGCCAGAGAUUACCUGGGAGGAGGUUGUUCAGGGCUUUCCCUGUGUUGUGGGACCAACAGGCCUCUAAAGGUGUAUUGUACAAAGACCUUGUGGUGGGUGUUCCUAAGGAGACUGUACAAAAUGAGCGUCGUGUGGCACUGUCACCUGCGGGGGUCCAGGCAUUGGUCAAACAGGGCUUUAAUGUUCAAGUAGAGAGUGGAGCUGGAGAUGAAUCCCAGUUCUCUGACCAGCAGUACAAGGAUGCUGGAGCCAGUAUCACUGAUACCAAGGGAGCCUUUGGCUCUGACCUGUUGCUCAAGGUGCGAGCCCCCGGUUUGAGUGAGGUAGACUUGAUAAAACCUAAGUCCACCUUGGUGAGCUUUAUCUAUCCAGCCCAGAACCAAGAGCUGAUGAAGAAGUUGUCAGAAAGACAGAGCAAUGUGCUGGCCAUGGACCAAGUGCCCAGAGUCACCAUCGCACAGGGCUAUGAUGCACUCAGCUCUAUGGCUAACAUCGCUGGGUAUAAGGCUGUGGUUUUGGCUGCCAACCACUUUGGCAGGUUCUUCACUGGUCAAAUCACAGCAGCAGGAAAAGUACCCCCAGCCAAGGUCCUGGUUAUCGGAGGUGGGGUGGCUGGGUUGGCAGCAGCAGGAGCGGCCAAGUCCAUGGGGGCCAUAGUUAGAGGAUUUGAUACCAGACCAGCUGCUUUGGAACAGUUCAAGUCAUUUGGAGCAGAGCCUUUAGAGGUAGAAGUCCAAGAAUCUGGGGAAGGGGUUGGAGGUUACGCCAAGGAGAUGUCUAAGGAGUUUAUUGAUGCUGAGAUGGCCCUCUUCGCUAAGCAGUGCAAAGAGGUAGACAUCAUCAUCACUACUGCCCUCAUUCCAGGGAAGCGGGCUCCCAUCCUGAUCAAGAAGGAGUUUGUUGAGUCAAUGAAAGAUGGCUCAGUUGUGGUGGAUUUGGCUGCAGAGGCAGGUGGCAACAUUGAGACCAUCAAGCCUGGAGAGCUGCACGUCCACAAGGGUGUGACUCACAUUGGCUAUACGGACCUGCCCAGCCGCAUGGCCACCCAGGCCAGUACCCUUUACUCCAACAAUGUACUGAAGCUACUCAAGGCCAUCAGUCCAGACAAGGAAUACUUUCACUAUGAGCCCAAGGAUGAGUUUGGCUAUGGAACUGUUGACCAUGUAAUCCGUGGCACUCUUGUAAUGAAGGAUGGAAAGAACAUAUUCCCAUCCCCCCUCCCCAAGACGGCGCCCCCGGCCCCUGUCAAACUGAAGUCCGUGGCUGAACUGAAUGCUGAGAAGGCGGCUACGGUCUCGCCCUUCAACCGCACCAUGACCUCUGCUGGCAUGUACACCGCAGGUCUGUCCACCUGUCUGGCUCUGGGAAUCGUCUCUCCCAACGCUGCAUUUACUCAGAUGGUGACAACCUUCGGCCUGGCUGGGAUUGUGGGUUACCACACAGUGUGGGGGGUGACCCCUGCUCUGCACUCGCCCCUCAUGUCCGUCACAAAUGCCAUCUCAGGUCUCACAGCAGUGGGAGGUCUGGUUCUAAUGGGUGGAGGUCUCACCCCCUCCACAUUGCCCGAGAGUCUGGCUCUGGCUGCUGCCUUUGUUUCCUCCAUCAACAUCGCUGGUGGUUUUCUAAUCACCCAGAGGAUGUUGGACAUGUUCAAGCGUCCCACCGACCCUCCUGAGUACAACUACCUGUAUGCCCUGCCAGGGGCUGCCUUUGUAGGGGGAUAUGGAGCAUCGUUGGCUGCUGGAUACAAUAUUGAGCAGAUGAUCUACUUGGGCUCAGGCUUGUGCUGUGUGGGGGCGCUAGCAGGCCUUUCCGCCCAGGGCACCAGCCGCCUGGGGAAUGCCUUGGGCAUGAUGGGAGUGGCAGGUGGGAUUGCUGCCACCCUUGGCUCCCUCAAACCCUCUCCUGAACUAUUGUCCCAGAUGUCUCUGGCCAUGGCCACUGGAGGCACCAUUGGUCUGACCAUUGCCAAACGGAUUGAGAUCACAGACCUGCCCCAGCUAGUGGCAGCUUUCCACAGCCUGGUGGGACUGGCAGCCGUUCUCACCUGUGUUGCGGAGUUCAUGAUUGAGUAUCCCCACCUGGACGUUCACCCAUCUGCCAACGUAGUCAAGACUGUGGCAUACCUGGGCACUUACAUCGGAGGGGUCACCUUCAGUGGAUCCCUUGUGGCUUAUGGCAAGCUUCAAGGCAUUUUGAACUCUGCUCCUCUGCUGUUGCCGGGCCGUCACAUGUUGAAUGCUGGUCUAAUGGCAGCAUCCAUUGGGGGUAUGAUACCCUUCAUGCUCGGCUCCAGCUACGACACUGGUAUGGGAUGUCUAAUAGGAGUGUCUGGGCUUUCCACCAUUAUGGGUGUGACACUGACGGCUGCUAUCGGGGGUGCUGAUAUGCCUGUGGUCAUCACCGUGUUAAACAGCUACUCCGGUUGGGCGCUCUGUGCUGAAGGCUUCCUAUUGGACAAUAACCUCAUGACUAUUGUCGGGGCUCUCAUUGGCUCUUCUGGUGCCAUCCUCUCCUACAUCAUGUGUGUGGCCAUGAACCGUUCCCUGCCCAAUGUGAUCCUGGGUGGGUAUGGUACCACCUCUACAGCGGGGGGUAAGCCCAUGGAGAUUGUGGGAACUCACACCGAAGUUAAUGUGGACCAGUCAAUCGACUUGAUCAAAGAGGCCAACAGCAUCAUCAUCACACCGGGUUGGGGCCUGUGUGCAGCAAAAGCCCAGUACCCAAUUGCAGACAUGGUGAAGAUGCUGAGGGAACAGGGAAAGACUGUCAGGUUCGGUAUUCACCCAGUUGCUGGUCGGAUGCCAGGCCAGCUGAACGUUCUCUUGGCCGAGGCUGGUGUUCCCUACGAUGUGGUCCUGGAGAUGGAUGAAAUUAAUGAUGACUUCCCAGAGACAGACCUGACACUGGUCAUCGGUGCCAAUGACACGGUGAAUUCCGCAGCACAGGAAGAUCCAAACUCCAUCAUAGCCGGCAUGCCUGUCCUGGAGGUCUGGAAGUCGAAGCAGGUGAUUGUGAUGAAGCGUACUCUGGGAGUGGGCUAUGCUGCAGUGGAUAACCCCAUUUUUUACAAGCCAAACACAUCCAUGCUGCUGGGAGAUGCCAAGAAGACAUGCGACAGCCUACAAGCAAAGAUCAGAGAGACCUUUUACUAGUUAUUCC